CCACUUCCGGCUGGGCUCCUAACAACGGGAGAGGCUGGUAACCAGGGAGGGGGGGAUGGCGGAGCGGGCGCUGGAGCCCGAGGCCCAGGUUGAGACGGAGGCUGGGGCCGAGGGCGAGGGUGAGGGUGGCGGGGAGACGGCGGCUGAGGAGGGCGCGGCGGGCCGCAAGGCCCGGGGCCGGCCGCGCCUCACCGAGUCAGACCGGGCGCGGCGACGGCUAGAGUCCCGGAAGAAGUACGACGUGCGGCGCGUGUACCUGGGCGAGGCGCACGGGCCCUGGGUGGACCUGCGGCGCCGCAGCGGCUGGAGCGACGCCAAGCUCGCUGCCUACCUCAUUUCCCUGGAGCGGGGGCAACGAAGCGGCCGCCACGGGAAGCCUUGGGAGCAAGUCCCCAAAAAGCCAAAGCGGAAGAAGAGAAGGAGGCGUAAUGUGAACUGCCUAAAGAACAUGGUGAUCUGGUAUGAGGAUCAUAAGAACCGCUGCCCCUAUGAGCCUCACCUGGCUGAGCUUGACCCCACCUUUGGUCUUUACACAACAGCAGUGUGGCAAUGUGAGGCUGGACACCGGUACUUCCAGGAUCUCCACUCACCCCUGAAGCCGCUCAGUGAUUCAGAGAAUGAGAGUGACAGAGUGGGGAAUGGCCUGGGGGCUGGAAGCUCAGACUCCUCUGGUUCUGAGUCUGACUCAGAUUCUGAUGAGCAACCAGAGAGCCGGCGGCCUAAGACUGUGCAGGCCUCAUCAGUGCCACCCGCACCACCUCCACCAGCCCCAGAGGGCAGCAGCAGUGGGCUCAUCACACAAGAUGGUAUCCACAUUCCCUUUGAACACCACAUGGAGAACUUGACAGCAGAGCAAGGCACACCCCUGUGCCACAGCCCACCAGCCAGUGGCCCAGAGAGCAUGGAGACUGUGGUGUGUGUGCCUGUGCCCGUACAGGUGGGCACAGGCCACAGUGCCUUGUUUGACAGUGUGCCACAGGAAGCUUUGGGUGAAGUGGUGGCCAGCUGCCCUGUGCCAGGCAUGGUUCCAGGCUCUCAAGUGAUCAUUAUCGCAGGCCCUGGCUAUGAUGCUUUAGCAGCAGAGGGCAUCCACUUGAAUGUGGCCAGUGGUGGCAGUAGUGGAGAGGAGGUGCCCUGUGCUGUGAUUGAGGGUGUGGCUACCUACACCCAGCCUGAACCUGAAGGCAGCCAGCCUGAUUCCUCUGGUCCCAUGGAGAACUUGGCGUGUAUAGAAACCAAAAAAGAGAAGGAAGAACUCUAUGUCCUCAAAAAGGAGGAGAAAGAAGAACUGUCUUCCCCAGAACUAGAGGAGUUAGAGCCAGUGUCUGAGAACAUGGAGCCUGAGCCAGAGGAAUUAGAUGGCAAUGACAUGUCUGCCAUCAUUUAUGAGAUUCCCAAGGAGCCUGAGAAGAGGCGGCGCAGCAAGCGGGGCCGGGUGACAGAUGCUGACGGCCUGCUGGAGAUGUUCCAUUGCCCCUAUGAAGGCUGUAGUCAGGUCUAUGUAGCCCUCAGCAGCUUUCAGAAUCACGUGAACCUCGUCCACCGGAAAGGAAAAACGAAAGUAUGUCCCCACCCAGGCUGUGGCAAGAAGUUCUAUUUAUCCAAUCACCUUCGAAGGCACAUGAUCAUCCAUUCAGGUGUUCGAGAAUUUACCUGUGAAACCUGUGGAAAAUCCUUCAAGCGAAAAAAUCACCUUGAAGUUCAUCGACGGACACAUACAGGAGAGACCCCUUUGCAGUGUGAAAUCUGUGGUUACCAGUGUCGCCAGAGGGCAUCCUUGAAUUGGCAUAUGAAGAAGCACACGGCUGAGGUGCAGUACAACUUCACCUGUGAGCGCUGCGGCAAGCGCUUUGAGAAGAUGGACAGCGUCAAGUUUCACAAGCUAAAGAGCCACCCCGACCACAGGCCCACGUGAUCCUGGCUGCCCCAGUGGUGCGAAAGGACGCUCCUAUUUAUUUGUGGGCCCUUCUUCCUAAACCUGACCCUGCCUCACAUUGUGGCCUGGCUGGAAAAAGGAAAGGUUAUUCCUGGGAGGCUAUGGAGAGCCAGCUCCUUUCUGCAGGCAUCCUCCAUGGACACUGAGGGCGCCAGGGCAAGCCAGAAGGAAGGAGGUGACCUCCAGACAUGGCCCUCUUCUGUUUGAUUAGGGCUCUGCUGGGUGACAUAGCAGGUGCUAUAAAGGAUCUGCUUGGAUGUCCUGGGGCAUGGGUUCACUCCCUUCAAGCUGGGAUCUCUCAGCUAUGUCACUGGACACCUGGAACAGUGUUAAGUGAGCAAAAGUGAUUAAAGAAAAAGACACACCAAAAAAA